AUGCGCGAUAGGAGCGAUAGCGAUUCCGGGAGGGAGGAAGGUGUCAGGAGGAGGCGCGGCCGCAAAGAGCGGAACGACAGCCCCGAUUCUAUCGAUGGUGACUCUAGCGGGAGUGACGAGGACGCGCGGGAUGUAGGCCGCGGAAAGGGGAAAGCGCGGCACGUGCGGGGCGUGGGGGAUGAGCGGAAGGGCCGCGGAGGUCCUAAGAGUCCGCUGGUGGACGACGGGGGGAGGCGGGGAGUGGGGAAGCAGGGAGGGGGAGGCGGAGAUGGGGAGGCGGGGAUUGCGCGCAGCAGGGGGAGGCAUGAUUCGGACGACGAGAGCGACGAGGAGAGGGGCGGUGGCGAUGGCGGAAGAGGGGGCGGAAGGGGUGGCGGGAGGGAUGGGGGGAAGGGAGGAAAGGGGAAGACGCGGGGGGGUUUUGAAGAGGAAGAGGAGGAGCGUGGCGAAACGAAGAAGAUCGUAGGAGGACGCAAGGGGGAGAGGGAGCGUGAGAUGGAAGAGGAGGAGGAGGGGGGUGAGCGGUGGGAGAUGGGUAGGGGGAGGGAGGGGGCGAGAGUUGGGCGGAAGGAGAAGCGAGGUGAGGAGGGGAGGCGCGGGGGUCGCGCGGAGAGCGAGGAGCGGGAGGAGCGUGAUAAGGUUGAGGGGAGGAGGGAGAUUGAGGGAGAGAGGAGGGAGGGAGAUAAGGAGAGGGCGAGGGGUGGCCUGCGGGAGAGAGAGGGCGAUGGGAGGAGGGGCGGGGAGAGCGAGAGGGGACGAGCAAAGGAUGACGUGGAUGGGAGGCGACGGGAGAGAGAGGAUGAUGGUGGCAGGGAUAGGCGAAGGGAUGGCGAGACGGAGAGGGAGAGGGAGCGAGACGGCAGGAGGGGGAGGGGCAGGUCAGGGCGGCACAGGCGGGGAGGGUCCGAUUCGGAUGGGAGUGAGAGCAGCGGCGAGUGGGAGAGGGAGCGAGAGAGGGGUCGGGGUAGGGGAAGGGAUGAUAGGCACAGGAGGUAUGAGGAAGGGAGGCGAGAGGAAGGACGGCGAGAGAGGGGGAGAGGCGAGUGGGAGGGCGAGGAGAGGCGAUUCGAGGGCAGGGAGGGACGGGGGGCUCCCGUGCGCGCACCCAUUCCUGAUGCUGCUGCCGCUGCUGGCGGAGCAGCAGGCCUGGCAACAGGUCCGGCAGCAGGCAAGGCAGCAGCAGCGCGAGACACAGGGCGCACGGGAGGCGCGUACAUCCCGCCUUUCAAGCUGGCGCGCAUGCUGCAGGAGGUGAACGACCGCAGCAGCGCGGAGUACCAGCGCCUCACGUGGGACGCGCUGCGCAAGUCCAUCAAUGGGCUGGUCAACAAAGUCAACGCGUCCAACAUCAAGAACAUCAUUCCCGAGCUCUUUGCGGAGAACCUGGUGCGCGGCAGGGGGCUGCUGUGCCGCGCGUGCAUCAAGUCGCAGAUGGCCAGUCCGACGUUCACGCACGUGUUUGCAGCGCUGGUGGCGGUGGUGAAUACCAAGUUCCCCGAGUUGGGCGAGCUGCUGCUCAAGAGGAUUAUAUUGCAGUUUCGAAGGGCGUUCAGACGCAAUGAUAAGCCGGUGCUGGUGGCGGCAUGUCGCUUCCUCGCGCACCUCUGCAACCAGCAGGUGGCUCACGAGAUCGUGGCGCUCGAGCUGCUCACACUGCUGCUGGAGACGCCAACGGAUGACAGCGUGGAGGUGGCAGUGAGCUUCGUGAAGGAGUGUGGCGCCAUGCUGCAGGACCUCUCGCCCCAGGGCCUUCACAGCAUAUUCGAGCGGUUCCGUGGCAUCCUGCACGAGGGGGAGAUCGACAAGCGCGUGCAGUUCACCAUCGAGGGGCUCUUUGCCAUCCGCAAGGCCAAGUUCGAGGGCUUCCCAGCAGUGCUCCCCGAGCUGGAUCUGGUGGAGGAGGAGGAUCAGAUCACGCACGAGCUGUCGCUGGAGGAGCCUUAUGACCCCGAGACUUCACUUGAUGUGUUCAAGUUCGACCCCGACUACCUGGCCAACGAGCAGCGCUACAAGGAGAUCAAAGCGGAGAUCCUGGGAGACGAGGAGGAGGAAGAGGACGACAAGGGCGAGAAGGGGGACGACGACGAGGAGGAGGAGGAUGAGGAGAGCAGUGAGGAGGAGGAGGACGAGGAGGAGCAGGCGAAGCAGCAGGAGAUUCGCGACGAGACGGAGACCAACCUGGUGAAUCUGCGGCGCACCAUCUAUCUGACCAUCAUGGCGUCCGUCAACUUUGAGGAGGCGGGCCACAAGCUGAUGAAAGUCAACCUGCAGCCGGGGCAGGAGAUGGAGCUGUGUGAGAUGCUGCUAGCCUGCUGCUCCCAGGAGCGCACCUACCUGCGCUACUAUGGGCUGCUGGGCCAGCGCUUCUGCAUGCUGAACCGCGCCUACCAGGAGUGCUUCGAGCAGUGCUUCGUGAAGCAGUACAGCAUGAUUCACCGCCUCGAGACCAACAAGCUGCGCAACGUCGCCAAGCUCUUUGCUCACUUCCUCGCCACAGACGCCAUGCCCUGGGCGCUGCUCUCCUACAUUCGCCUCACAGAGGAAGACACGUCCUCUUCCUCGCGUAUCUUCAUCAAAAUCAUGUUCCAGGGCAGUGGGCUCUUCGCCUGCUUCCUCACCACUGACGCCAUGCCCUGGGCACUGCUCUGGGUAUAUCUCGAUGUUCGUAUUCGCCUCACUGAGGAUGACACUUCCUCCUCGCCGUCUCGCAUCUGCAUCAAAACCAUGUUCCAGGAGAUGUCGGAGCAGCUGGGACUGCACAAGAUGAAUGAGGGGCUCAGCGACCAUUCAUGUGCCUCUCUGUGUAACCAACAAGAGAUGUCGGAGCAGCUGGGGCUGUGCAAGAUGAACGAGAGGCUCAGCGACCCGACGAAUCAUGUGCCUCCCU